GUGACUCGCGUCGCUCAGGACGGCACCACUCCAAGGUGUCUGAGAAGCCCCCGAAGAACAACAAUCAUCUGAAAGAGUUAAAAGAUGACAAUGUCAAGUGGCAUCAAGAGAACAGGCUGAGGUCUGGUGACGAGACCAUGAGGAGAUACGAGGACGUGGACGAGGAGGAGGAAGAGGGGAGGAGUGAAGGCGACUGUGGCGGCGGCAGCACUGGUGGCGGCAGUGGUGCAUGUGUGGCAGAGUCUCAGAUAAGGAGCAGUCGAAGUCUCAUCCACGCCGAGGAGCGUCGCGAAAAGAAGGCGCGGGUGAAGCUAAAAUCUAAGGAAAUCAAAUGUAUCGUGGACGGUGGCGCCGCAGCGGCCGUACAAAAUCACCUCAGCGGCCACUCUCCCCCCAGCACCCCUGCCACCCAGCCCCUCACUCCCCAGUCCCCAGAACCCCAUGAGCUUUCCUCUCGUGGCCACCAGUAUGAGUUGGAUCACAACCACCUAGCCCUCCACCACCUGAACCACAACAACCACCCCACCACCGCCGCCACACCCUCUUUACUAGUACAAGACAUGGAGGUGGAGUUUUAUCCCACUUCACUUCCUCCUCCACCCGCUCCUCCUCACCACCACCCGCACCACCACCACCAUCACCACCACCACCAUCCACCUUCCUCCUCAUCCCCACCCUCACCGUCACAAGCACCACCACCACUGCCGCCGCAACACCUACCCUCGCUGCACCACUCGCAGACAGCACAACAGCAAAUACAGCCUCCGUUACAGCUGCAGCAACAGUUGUUAUCGGAUGACCUGUACAUCGACAGUAACAGUCAUCCAAGUCAAGACCCUGAAGACAAGAAGAAGAAGAAGGAUGAUAGGAGAGACGAAAAACGCAAGAAGAAGCUCAAACACCUGGAGGAGGAAAACCUGUCUAAGCGGCUGUACGAGACCCGGGAGGUGACGGCGGCAGACCUACGCCCGCCACCUUCCGACCUCCUGCAAUCCAAGGUCAAGGAUCAGGAGACCACGGUACUAGGAGGAGUAGGGGCGGUGCGGGAAGAGGAGGAGAGGCGUGUAGCUAUACGCAUCAAGCUGUGUGGGGAGUGUGGCGCUCGUCAUGUGGCGGGAACAUGCCCCUUCACACGCCCGACUCAUGUUCUCCCAGACUCCUGCGCGCCACCAACUCCGCACACCCUCGAACUCCCGCAGCAAAACGGAGUGAUUGUCGCCCCACCCCACCGAGAGUCGCCAGUGAACCUUUCUGGUGGCGGUGGAGGGGCGGGGCGGGAGGAGGAACGAGAGGUGGAGACUUGGCGUGACCCUCAGCGUCCUGGCUCCCCUACAUCAUACGCCCGCACCUCGCUCCCUCCCGGACUGGCCCUGGAGCGGCGCGUUCUGCCACCACCCAACGAUAACAAUGUGGACAGCGACAACGACGUGGGGGUGGUUGGCGUGACGCAGCUCCCGGGCCGGCAGGUGGAAGUGGUGGUUGCCCGCGCAGCCAUCACACGCUACACCCAGCUGGGCCCGGUGGUUGGCGUGCCGGUGCGAGAGAGGGACAUCCCCGACGACUUCUGCAUGGUGAACCUGUGGGAGGUGUUUGGCGGUGAGGGCAAGCGAUACCUGAGCACCGUCGACCCCCGCAGGAGUAACUGGACCCGCUACCUGAGACCUGCUCCGGACCGCGACUCAGCCAACUUGGUGGUCGUCUUGAGACCGAUCAUCGAAGCAAGCGAAGACAGCUCCGGCCUCAUUGUGAUGGGCGGCAACGGCUCAGGUGGAGGCGACAUGGGGGUGUUCCUCAUCACGACGCAGGACGUCAGCAUCGGCCAAGAGCUCAUGUUCUGGGCCCACGACCCGACCCUCGCCUGGUCCCGGAAGAAGAUGGAGAAGACAAAUUGUGGCGGCUGUAAUAUGAAGUUCUCCCACCCACUGUACUACCGGAUGCACUGCUCAGUCUUUCAUGACCCCAACUAUUCCCUGACCAUCCGCAAGUAUCACUGUAAGGUGUGCGGGCUGGCGGUACUUGGCAAAGAGAACAUCAUGAGACAUGCCGCCGAGCAGCACGAGGGGCGCGGCGCCUACCAGUGCCAGUAUUGUAAGAAGUUCUUCUUGCGGCUACACUCGCUGGAUAUGCACGUGACCUACUCCUGUGGCCGCAAUCCCGCCCGCGUCUUCCCGCUGUGUGACUACUGCGGCAAGAAGUUCUGUCAGCCGCAGCACCUCCGCUCCCACCAGAAGCGCAUGCACGCAGACAUGGCUGAGGUUCUACGGGAAUUCCAGUGCAAGCUCUGUUUCAAGGUGUUAGGCUCACGGGCAGCGCUCCAGAGACAUCUGAAAGAGGUCCACCACAAAGACCUGAGUACCGGUGCCACCUGUGAUCGUUGUGGCAAAAUGUUCCAGAACAAGAGUAACCUCAAGAUCCACAUGCUAACUCACUCCGGCGUUAAACCAUUCAAGUGCAUCGAAACCAGCUGCAACGCUGCCUUCACAACCAAGCAGUGUCUCCAGUUCCACUACAAGAAGGUCCACGGCUACACCGGAGAAAGCAUGCCCACCAUCGAGCGUUGCAUCCCCUACACAUUCGACUCCUACUCUGGGGGGUUAGUUAACGAUCCCGGACGAGGAAAGGUUCCAAACGCACCACAAACCACCACCCCAACCACUGGCAGUUCUGAAACAACACCAACAGACACCACAUCCGAACAGCAGGCCGAGAAUUCCCACGGAGCUGAACCUUCACUCACCUCGGUUGGCUCCAGCGACACGCCACCAUCGUCGCGGGCGGAUCUACUCCUGGCAGCGGCCGCAAAACUGCCUCCAGCAGCAUCCUUACACGGCUACGUGACCAAGUAUACCACGACAACAACACGAUUGGUUAGUAAGGGGUCUCGCAAGUGGCUUGGGGAUCCAUUAGAAAUGCAGGAUCGUGAUUAUGACCCUGAUGACGACGCGCGUGACGUGUACGAUUUUGACGAUCGCCUUGAAGAAGAACUUGCUCAAAAAAGAAAGAAGGACGAGGACGAGGCAGCUGGGGAAGAAAAACUUUACCGUCGGGAGUCAAACGCGUCGCUAUUGGUGGAAGCUGCCCUUAGUGUGGCAGAGCAGACCCUUAAAAUGGACGGCCGGGUGGGUGGGGUUGGCAGUCACGACCGCCUCUUGGGGUAUAGCGGUCGCUAUUCUCCGCUUCCACCAUCAGCUGUGGUCACCUCUAUGGAGCAGAUCCUCCCACCUGACGCAGCCCUUGCCACUCACAUAAAGUACACAAGCGCGACAGAGGACGAACGAGGACACCUGGAGUACACACUAGAGCGGGAGUAUGAUCCACGAGACUUGCCAGAGGUAAUGGUGGUACAUGAAACCAUUGGGGCACGUGACCUUCACGACUCUUUGGGUCACGACUUACAGGAUAACCUGCAUGCCACCCUAGACCCUCUACCACCCUCGUCUGUUGGGGACGAUUUACACUCAGCUCACCACCAGACCUCGGAUCACGCCCACAAUCUCACUCUUGUUAAAUCGGAUGACCUCCCACCACCUACCCCUGCCACACCCGUGGAUCCUGGGACACCCAUGGCUCCACCCACCCCUCUGAGCUCGAGUGGUGGCCUGGAGCCUACCCUGCAAGUAUUAGACCAGUUACCAGUAUCUCAGGGGCUCCCGGUGUCCCUCUCCUCUUCCCUCAGUGUUGGUUUGGACAUGAGCUACAAGCAUUACCGCCACGCUGAGCUAACACCCGUCGGUCAGGACCACUGCCUUCCCAGCCAUCUGGACGACUCUGAGACUUCCAUGGGGCUGGACCCCAUGGGGGAUGGGGGUCACCUGUCCCCGAGAAACGAUCAUCUAACGGACCAGCUCUCACUACCAGAACUACAACCCCAUGACUUCCGUGGUUUGCCUGCACUACGCUCUCCUGAACCUCCCCGGUCACCCUACCUCUCUCCUAGUCCAACCCCUGACGCCCUUCGCUCCUACUUGGUGACAACUGAUGGUCUCCGCUCACCUGUACCUCUUGAUCAAUGCGUGGACAUGACCCGCGCUAACCUGUUCCUCCGGCCAGCUGAUCUGGCCAGCCUGCAGCAACGAUAUCAUGGAGAGGUGAGCCACCAAUCUGGCCGCACUCAACUGUAUGAACUGGAGAGAGUGCCCGCACAUUCGGUCGACCUAAGCAUGACCGGCCGUACCGUCACCUACACAAGCGACGCGCUCAGACCGGGCUCUGUGUGCACUACAGUGUACGUAUCAGACUCUCAUCCCGAUGACCGUCACUCCCUUGACCUGACUCUUCCCCGACACGAUCCUGACAUUCACCGUAUGGACUCACCUACUCACAUUCAUCCAGCAGCCCGAGGAAUGUCCCCACACUCGCAGCUCUCUCCCAGUAACCAACUGUCACCCCAUAAUCAGCUAUCCCCUCACAAUCAGCUGUCCCCUCACACACAACUAUCGCCACACACCCAGCUUCCACCUUACUCACAACUCUCCCCACACGGGCAAAUGUCUCCCCUUGUCAAUUUAGGCAUGGAUCGGGGUGGGGUUGGUAGCCCCCCCCUCUCUCCUUCUGCUAAUCCACCUCUGCCCCCGAUCAGUCGCAUUGUGGCGCCUGCUUCUCAUUCUCCAUUGCUCACCUCAAGACAGAUGUCCCCAAUUCCGAGGUCUGAUCUGUCUCCUUCCUUCACCUCCCAUACUCACGGGGAACUUUUUGUCACGGGAAGCGCAGUUCCUCUACAACCAGGAACACCAGUACCCCCACUGACCCCAAACUCACAAAUCAGUAAAGACAGAUCAUCCCCUUACUCCCAGUACCCAUCGUCCCCCUACCCCCGCCACCACAGCCACUCUUCCCCACCCCCCUCAUAUCAUUACCAGUAUUACUGACCGAGGCUCCCUCUUUCGCCCUCCCCACUAGCUGUUGGUUCCCAAGACCUACUCUUUGCCCCAGAUACCCCAGAGGGUGGACUCUUCUCCCCCUCUGCCCACUGUUCCUAGUACUGUACCAACGACGGAAGCCUGCCCGGUGUGGCCGCACAGUACCAGGACUGUCAUGGUCUUGACGUAUUGACAACGAUGGGGAAUACCUCACUGGAGGCCAGGCGUUCUUAUGGCAAUUUUUACUCAAUUAUGUUUAGGUACCGUCAUUCACUGUGGGCAUUUAUAGUUUAAAUACCCCGACUUCAUAAUUUAUAAGCUCAAUUCAACCAGCACUGAUAACUCAAAGGUUUUUGACGACCGUGAUAUGAACUUCUGAUAAAGAUUUGUGCUUUUUAUAUGAUGUGGGUAAAUACUCUCUUGUAUUCGUGGUUCCUCUUCCUUCCCUCCUUUCAGCGACAAGGAGCGUCUUCCCCUGUUCUUUCCUGUCCGUGUGACGGUCUUCCUCUUAGCGUGUGAGGCUGCCCGGCGGCGUGAGUUAUGGUUGUCUUUUUACGGCUUUUGAAUGAACUUUUUAGAGUGUCGUGUUUGUAAGAGGACCUUGUAGCUUCCUCGUGUGUUGUGCCAAGGGUCACUCCUUCCCCUCGUUUUCUCAAGGACCUUCUUGUCUCGAUUGUGACCCUCAACUUUCAUGGUGUAUACAUGAUCGCCUCUUCCAACUCAGGGAGUGCUGUUAACGGAGUUCUUUCCAGUGAUCUGAGAGGCGUCAUCCAUAAGGGCCUGAGAGCAGUGGACUAAUCGAAAUGCUGACACACUCCUCCUAUGCACUCAACUAUAACAUAUGCAAAUGCAAUAUAUAUGCAAUUUGUAACGAAGCCUGGCAUUUGCAUAGGCCAUGUUCGUGCGCCUAAGCAUCACCGGACGUAAAGGGGAGUUAUCCGGAGAGGCGGGCGGGCCAAGUAAGGGAGCCGCCUCCACACACCGUGGAGGACUCACUCACCUCCUGAAAUGCACCCACUGCGUCAUUCUCAUUUUCUAUUUCGUGCCAAGACCCGGCACAGGGAGGCCGAGCCUUCUGUGCUUCGCAGGACCCUGGGACCGCGAACGGAAACAAAGUGUUAGUGAACGGAGUGAGAUAUAUAUUUUGCUGUUACAAAUUUUCAUAUUUCUUUGACUACUUUUUAUUAUAUUUUCAACUGUGAGUUGUGUGCAUUAUAAAGAUAAAAUAUGGUGAGUGGUCUUGUCAGGGUUUGUAUCCCAGGGCAGCCUGUUGUUUCUUUAUCAUUAUGUACAAAGGGAGAGUGGAAACUCGAUGUGAACCUAAUGUGCCAAUGUUUCUAGAUAAAACUUGUUAGCUAUACCAUGUCUGAACCAUUCAUGUUGACGAUAUUCGAAGGUGUUGCAAUUGUUUUACGUGUGAAAAUGGACUAUUAAGUGUAUCCUCUGAAUUUGUGUACUUUACGGAUUGGGACAGAAUUCAAAGCAAUAAUGUAAGAUCGCCCCCUCUCAGUGCACUAACAACAGGAACGCCCACUAGCCCGGCCCACCUCUGGCACCUCGCCUCGCGACACUUCCUCAAUUGCCCUGUGCGAGCGGGGCCGAAAUGACGAACAGCAGUAUCCUAUAAGCCAAGUUGGAAUAUUGUCUUAAGAUUGUUGUUACAGUCUUUUAUUACCGGGUCAAUGAAAGGCUAAACUAGUGAUCAUUUUAUUUUAAAGUAGAAACAGACUACUCAGGUCUAUAAAACUGGAUGUAGAUACUUCUCUGUGAUAAGCUAUUUUCUUUGAUUUUAUUUAUUUCAGCUGCUUGUCCUAUUCCUGCCCCCGCUACGCACAGUACCAUUGUCUCAAACUAUGAUUCAAAAUAAUUUGGCAUAGAAUAGGAAUUACCAAAUUACAAAAUGUUUUCUCCAUUUUAGAGUUGUGUGUGUGUGUGUGUGUGUGUGUGUGUGUGUGUGUGUGUGUGUGUGUGUGUGUGUGUGUGUGUGUGUGUGUGUGUGUGUGUGUGUGUGUGUGUGUGUGUGUGUGUGUGUGUGUGUGUGUGUGUGUGUGUGUGUGUGUGUGUGUGUGUGUGUGUGUGUGUGUGUGUGUGUGUUCAUGUGUGUGUGUGUGUGUGUGUGUGUGUGUGUGUGUGUGUGUGUGUGUGUGUGUGUGUGUGUGUGUGUGUGUGUGUGUGUGUGUGUGUGUGUGUGUGUGUGUGUGUGUGUGUGUGUGUGUGUGUGUGUGUGUGUGUGUGUGUGUGUGUGUGUGUGUGUGUGUGUGUGUGUGUGUGUGUGUGUGUGUGUGUGUGUGUGUGUGUGUGUGUGUUCAUGUGUGUGUGUGUGUGUGUGUGUGUGUGUGUGUGUGUGUGUGUGUGUGUGUGUG